GAGGCCACCUGGCGAGUGGUGGGGCGCUCCGCGGUGCUGUGGCUCACGCUCCGGUUCGGGAGGCCGAGGCUGUUCUGGCGGCGGCGACCUCUGCGGCGGCGAGGGCUGAGGCUCUCGGAAGAGCCACCGCGUGGGGUCUGAAGGAGGGGCUUCUGGUCAGCUCAGGCAGCUGGAAGGUGAGCACCGGAGAAGCAGAAGACACUGUCCAGGGAAACUUUACAGUGGGAACUUGAAUCGGUUCUGUUAAAGGUUCUAUCAUAAUGAAUGGAUCCAGUGUGGCAAAUACAUCACCCAAUGUAAAAUCCAAAGAGGACCAGGUGUUAAAUGGGCACGAUGAGAAAGAAAACCCAUUUGCAGAGUACAUGUGGAUGGAGAAUGAAGAGGAUUUUAACAGACAGGUGGAGGAGGAGCUGCUGGAGCAGGACUUCUUGGACCGGUGCUUCCAGGAGAUGCUGGACGAGGAAGACCAAGACUGGUUUAUUCCAUCGAGAGACCUGCCUCAGGCCAUGGGACAGUUGCAACAACAGUUAAAUGGACUAUCUGUCAGCAAUGGUCAUGAUUCUGAAGAUAUUUUGAGCAAAAGUAACCUGAACCCGGAUGCCAAGGAAUUUAUUCCAGGAGUGAAGUACUGAGCUGACAGAAACUUUGAGGAGGACUUGUAUGUCCCCACAUCUGGGGACAGUGCCGCACAAAAAGGCAGAGCUGAAGGGGGGGUGGGGUGGGCUAGGGAUGCACAGUGGGGGAGGGGAAUAGUAGUUUAACUUAACACUGUGACUGGAGUAGCUAAACGUGCUCAGUCUUACUCUACAAGCCUCUGAGUAUUUCUCUUUUGUUCUACUGACUUUCCUUUUGAGCAGUUUAUUAUUAUUAUUAUCAUUAUUAGGUUUUGCCUUUUUGAGUUAAGGAAAUUAUUGCAAUUCUUCACCUUCAUCAGGAAUGUUCUGCAAUGUGUGUUUAAACAGAAUAAGCUGACCAAGAAAAUCUGGGUGUUUACACGAAUGCCCUCUCACCCUGCUGUAUGCUUGCAAGGGCAGUGAGCACCUAGAAAACUACUGAGUCUGUUAAGCUGGAUGGGAAGAGGGAUGAGUGGAAGAAGCAGGUGUUUUAAACCAGCCUUUGCAACUAUGCGACCCCUGAGGGCUUUCUGCAAUGAACUGGGAUUACCAAUUGCCUGCUGAGCCCAUGUCUUCCUGCCUUGAACCUCCAUUCAAGAAAACACGGACUUAAAAUAUUGGUUUACAGUAACUCUUUUGAUGUUGAUGAAAGUUGUAAAUUCAAGGGGAAAA